AUACGAGGACGUAAAUUACAUCCGGGGUCACAGGGCUGCAGCUAGCUGCAUUUCCAGACGUGCACAUUUGCAGGCUUUUAUUGAAGAUUUAAAGAUGAUAAUUCGGCAUUUAUGAAUUGAAUGUAAAGUUCAGUCAGAUGUUUGACUGAUAAAUUGUUUGAAGAAGCUGUCGGCUGAGGAAAACCGCUGAGAUCUGCCGUCUGAGGUGAAUAAAUGCUGCUUUUCAAUAUAAUGAACAUAGCAGUUGCAGCUUCACAUCAGUGAUCAUGGCUGAUGAUCCUCAGAGAAACUUCCGCUCUGCAUAUUAUGAAAAAGUGGGUUUCAGAGGAGUGGAGGAGAAGAAAUCACUUGAGAUCCUGCUGAAGGACAAUCCACUGGAUGUGGAGAAGUUGAGCACGUUUAGUCAGAGGUUUCCUCUGCCCUCCAUGUACCGGAUACACGUGUGGAAGGUCCUGCUGGGUAUCCUGCCGCCCCACAGCGAUUCUCACGCUCUGGUGUCCCGGUAUCGUGUCGAGCAGUUUGAGGACGUCAGCGGCGCUCUGACGGCCAUGCGAUUCGUCCACGCGUCCACCCCGCCGACGGAGCUCUAUCUGCGCGUGUACCAGCUGGAGAGCCGACAGCUUCCCCGCAGGAGCGAACUCAGGCCUCCGGAUGCAGAGGAUGAAAACUUCCUGGCUAUCGCCAGAGCGAUGGAGGAGAUCGUCGAUGACCCGGUCGACUGCUAUUGGCUCAUUAGAUGUUUCGUCAACCAGUUCAAGCACAAGUUUGGAGACUCCAUCCCUCACCUGCCAAAGAGUUUGGAGCACUUCCUGUCUCAGGAGGAUGCUGCUCUACUGGCUCAUCUGAAGACGUCUGGAGCUCUGAAUUCACUGCCGUACUGUCUCUGGUUCAGACGCUGCUUUGCUGGCUGUUUACCAGAGUCUAGCCUACAGAGGGUGUGGGAUAAGGUUAUCAGUGGCUCCUGUAAGAUUCUAGUGUUUGUUGCCGUGGAGAUUCUGCUCAGCUAUAAGAUCAUGCUGAUGGGAAUGAGUGACCCGGAUGGAGUUUACAACUUCCUGUCUAACAUGCCGCAGGAGAACACGGACGCCAUCGUCAGUAAAGCCAUCGAUCUAUGGCACAAAUACUGCGGGACGCCCAUGCACUCUGUAUAAAUCAUAAUUUCUGAGUUUUAUGUGACUGAAACAGACUGAAAGCACUCAGAUGUGGACGAGAGGAACUCGACAUGCAUCAGCUGUGUGUGGUUGGUCUUUUAUUAGGUUCCUUUACAUGAGAAUCUGCAUACAUCAUUCAGGAGUGACAGUACGGUACAUGACAUGCCGUCCGCUCUCUUCCUGCGCUCUCUGAGCGAAUAGCAGCAGCGGAAGAGAGAAA